AUCUCUAACCGAGAACUUCACGGGAGCCAUUUUAAAAAAAAAACUCGAAUUUACCACUUAUAAAAAGCUUGUAGCACUUUUACAAAAGUACCAAAAAAGGAAUAAUAUACGAGUAAACCGUACCG